GAGUGGCGCACCCCCGUGCUCGACCGCCGCAGCGAGGAGAUUUACCAUUUCAGCGCUGAAGCUACUCGAGGCCGAGUUUUCAUCCGCAUCCAUGCAGCCUGGUCGCGUGCAGCUGCUGAUAGCGGAGACCAGAUAUUUGACUCGUGGAAAGCUCUGUGGGGCAGCAGCAACAGCGAACCACUGCCGUGCCUCAUUGGUUCACUUCAGGGUGGUGCCUCGACCGACAGCUGCCUGGCUGAAAGUCGGAGGAGCUCUGGGCUCUAGCCUUGCCGCGGCUCGAAAGUUGUCCUUCACCAUGCCCAGUAACGAGCUCGAUUUCCCUGUGGGAGAAGACGACCACAUGCUGCGUCUGGAGGUGUGGUAUCCCGGCUUGGCCUGGGAUCAGAGUCUGGGCUUCGUGGAGGAGGAUCUUGACACAACCAACACAGGUUCCUGGCAUUCGAUGACACGACGACUGCGACCGAACGAGCAUGGAUCUCUGCAGUAUGAUGUGCGCUUCGAGCCCGAGGGCAGUUCCUCAGCGCGCCAUCUUGCCAGGAAUAUGCACGACUUCUUCGUCUUUGACUACAACCAGAAACUGCAAGUCUCAGUCAGCGACGUGGGUCGUUGGGGAUCUCCUCGCUCCCUCGGCGCUACGAAGAAGCGGAAGAUCUCAGAGCUGCUGUGCUGGGGAGGUGUCUGCAACGGCUCUGUGCAAAUGAAUCUGCACGAACUGCCAAACAACGCAGAGGUUUCCCUCGGUGCAGUCACACUACACGUCGAGUGGCUGGAGAUCAUCCCACACUCAGUGGACUACGAUGAAGGUUUGCUGCAGUUCCACAUUGACGAGGUCUUCGUGCCGGAGACUGUUAAAAUGGAUCAGAUCGCAUUGUCCGUGCGAGUGGGCGAAGAACAGUUGCGGACACCAUUGGUGCGCUGCAAAGCCCCAGAGGCAGCUGAGCAAGAUGGGAAGACGAGACAAUCCAUUUCGCGCACCCAGAGCAUCUUCCAGGAGGCCAAGGGGGAGAUCGAGACGAUCCUUCGAAUGCCAGUCUCCAGGUUAGCCCUGGAAACGCAAAGCUUGGAGAUCGCCGCCUUGAAUGACAAAGGCCAAGUGAUCGCGCGGCAUGCCUUCCAACUGCACCAUCUGGUGCGAGCGCCCAUGCGCGCCAUUUCCUUCGAACCGUGCAACAUGCACAUGGAGGAUCAAAGCGACCAGCGAAUCUCCGCAGAGGUCCAGGUGCGUCUCAUGGGACUUCAUAGGGUGAAGCACAAGGAUGCCAUAAAGCGGCUGGCGAUCAAGGUUACCGCAGAUGACGCGCCUUCGGACACCGAGACCUCGCAAGACGAAGGUGAGGAGAGCGUUGCCCUGGUUGAUCGGUCCUUCUCCUUGCAGUGGGUCAAUUUCAUCUAUGGCUGCUUGGAUGAUUUGGGGACCCAGGUCAGCACCGCAGGCAAGCUCCACCCGAAGAUUUCCGUAAUCAUCGCACGGAUGAUGGAAGACCGCUUUGGCCUGAUCACACAGAUGAUGCAGGCUCGCUUGCCUGGCCCCUUGAAGGACAUCCACUUCAAGUAUUUCCGCCUGGGGGAUACUCCACCUGCUUUCGGACCGAUCUCAGUGGCGGAGACCCUCCGUGGCCAUCGAAGUGCGGGCAUCGAGAUGCAGGUCGGCUUUCAGCUGGACACCAAUGCACACAUGGAGCUGAGCGUGCAUGGCGCCAACUUGGGUAUCGAUCGGAUCCGAGUGCAGGGUCAAUUGCUGGUUCGCUUGGGUCCACUGCUGGAAGAGGUGCCCGUUCUCGGUGGCGUCGUAGCAUGCUUCCUGAACCCGCCAGACCUGGAGUUGCAGUAUUGCGGUGUUGCGCACUGUGUUGAGAGCACAAUGCUGGCCAACCGUUUCCAGAAGAUGGUGGACGUGGCGUUUGCAAGUGCUCUAGUGCUGCCCCACGUGUUUCCCGUCCCAAUCGGCACGGAGGCGCAGAGCGUGGACCGAGCUCUUCUGGCGCAUCCGAAACCCAUAGGUGUGCUUCGCGUCACUGCCGUGCGUGCCACCAACCUUCGUGAAGGUUGGCCUCUGAAGCGCUCCAGAAGUCCCUACCUGAGUUUGUCUCUUGCGGGAGAGGAAUGGCAGACUUCAGCAGUGUGGUCAAGCUUGAACCCUGAGUGGGAUGAGACCCAUGAUUUCCUCGUAUACGACAAGCGCCAAACACUGGGCAUUGAAGUCGUUGACACGAACUCACUUUUUCUGCGCAAAGUCAUUGGCUACGCUGACCCCAUCUUGGCCACAGACACAGAAGCGCACUCGGAAAUCCCCCUUGCUCUCUUCGACUGCCCGGAGAGCUCAAACACACCGAAGGCUGCCUCUCAUCCACGUCAUCCGACCGGAAAUGUGGAGCUUCGCCUGGACUGGCUGAACUUUGUCAGGCAUGGGCGCAAGGGUCCUGACGGCUUUUGCGUGCUGCGUGUGAAGUUCGAUGAAGUGGAGGUUCCUACGCAGUUGGUCGAUCUGCGGAAAACCAGCGAACUGGACCCCCUUCAAGUUCGCAUGUGUGCCAGCAUCGGGAAGGUUAAGAAGUCGACGCCCGAGGUGGCGUGGUUUAAGCGAGACCCGACUCAGCAGGACCCUCGAACGAUUGAGUUGGACAUCGAGAAUGUGCUCUACAUGCUCAUUCACAAAACGGAUCUGGAUUCCGGAACUUUGGAGCUCGAGUUGCUGGACGGUCACGACAAAGUCCUAGGCUCUUCCAGCCUCGAGCUUCACAAGGCGGGCCAUUCGUCGUCGGAGGUUCAUCUUAGUUUCACCUUUUUUUCGGCAGCUCGUACAGUAUCAUCGUAA